UCAAUGGGCAGGAAGUUCUUAGAGAGUUAUUGUUGUGUAUGAGCACAAGCGGUCUCUCUUUUUAGCCCAGUGUAAGGUGUAAUAGCUCAGAUCGAGGAUGUCUCUUAUGGAGGGUCUUCUCCUCCAGGCUCCCAGCACAGUGACACUGGUGGGGGCUGUGCUGUUUCUGCUGGUCCUCUACCUCCUCUCCUCUGGAUCCAGCUCUGAGGAACACGGAAAGGAGCCUCCAGGACCCAGGCCGCUGCCCCUAAUUGGUAACUUGCUCCAGCUGGAUCUCAAGAGGCCCUACCAGACUCUCUGUGAGCUGUCCAAGAAAUAUGGCUCGGUGUUCACAGUUCACGUUGGACCCAGAAAAGUGGUCGUUCUUGUAGGAUACAAGACAGUCAAGCAAGCACUGGUCAACCAUGCAGAGGAGUUUGGGGACAGGGGCAUCAAUCACAUGUUUAAUGAAAUAAACAAAGGACACGGUAUUGUAUUUGCCAAUGGAGAUUCAUGGAAAGAGAUGAGACGCUUUGCCCUGACAAACCUUAGGGACUUCGGAAUGGGCAAGAAAGCGAGCGAGGAGAAGAUCAUUGAAGAAAUUCGCUACCUGACUGAAGUGUUUGAAGAGCACAAGGGUAAAGCAUUUGAUACAACCCAGCCAAUUAAUUACGCCGUCUCCAACAUCAUCUGCAGCAUUGUGUACGGCAGCAGGUUUGAAUACUCUGAUCCCCGGUUCCGACGCUCGGUGGAUCAAGCCAAUGAGGCCAUCCAACUUGGAGGAUCUGUUUCAAUACAGUUGUACAACAUGUUCCCAUGGUUGGGCCCAUUGCUGAAGUCCAGGACCCGUAUCAUUAAAAAUAAUACCAACAACAAAGAGGAGAUGAUGGAGCUGGUGAGGGGGCUGAAGGAGACUCUCAACCCUCAGAUGUGUAGAGGCUUUGUGGACUCGUUCCUUGUCCGAAAGCAGACCCUGGAGGAAUCAGGCAACAUGAACUCUCAUUACCACAAUGAGAAUCUCAUACAGACAGUGGCCAACCUGUUUGCUGCUGGUACCGACACCACCGGGACAACCCUGCGCUGGGGUCUGCUUCUCAUGGCCAAGUACCCCCAUAUACAGGACCGGGUCCAAGAGGAGAUAAGCAGGGUCAUAGGAAGUCGUCAGGCCUUGGUAGAGGACAGGAAGAACCUGCCCUACACUGAUGCAGUGAUCCAUGAGACCCAGAGACUGGCCAACAUUGUACCCAUGGCCAUCCCUCACACCACCACCCGAGACAUCACCUUCCAGGGAUACUUCAUCAAAAAGGGGACUGAAGUGUUUCCUCUGCUGACGUCUGUCCUGCAAGAUGAGAGCGAAUGGGAGAGCCCUCACACCUUUAACCCCGCCCACUUUCUGGACGAGGAAGGUCGAUUCGUCAAGAAGGAUGCCUUCAUGCCCUUCUCUGCAGGUCGUAGGGUGUGUCUAGGAGAGGGUCUGGCCAGGAUGGAGCUCUUCCUUUUCUUCACCUCCCUCCUGCAGAGAUUUUGUUUCUCUCCUCCUCCCGGGGUAACAGAGGAUGAUCUGGACCUCACACCAUCCCUGGGGUUCACCCUCACUCCUUCACCACACCAGUUGUGUGCUGUGAGCCGUGUCUGAGAUGAGAGUCUGGUCCCAAUGUAUAUUACACACUAGACUCCCAACUUUAUGAAUAUGCUGAACAACUAUUUUGUCGCUGAACAUGGACAUGAAUGAUAUGAAUAUAUAUAUAUAUAACUGGCUACAGGGAUCGGAGGUUUAAAGUUGAUUGGACCAAAAUGAACUGAAGCAGCUUUUGAUCACCAUUCAGAGUGGCCUUGCAGUCCUAGAUGCUGACAUCCGUAUGAUGUCUGAGGGGCAUUUGUGUAAAACCAAUUUUGAUCUAGAAACAUGACACUCAAAUGACCUUUUAGGGAUGCCCUAGGUGGGGUCCUAUGUAAAAUGUCAAUGUCCGCAGGAAGUGGACGUUAUGAUUGAGAGAGCAAACUUGGAUGUUAGGAUCCUAUUCUUAUACUGCAAGUGCCCUUACCCCCACUGAGCUCCAUAGAAGUGAUCUCCCUACCCCCUACUCCUGGGAUAAUAUUCUUGGUUUGUAAUUCAAGAAUACAGUCCGAGGAUCAGUUUCUUGAAUUCAAGAAUAUAAUUACAUUUACAUUAACAUCAUUCAGCAGACGCUCAAAUCCAGAGCGACCUCAGGAUACAUUUCUUGAAUCCAAUGAUGUAAUCCCCCCCCCGCCCCCCCCUAAAAAAAUGGGGAUCCAAAAAUAUAAUCCCUGAAUUGGGUUUGAUGAAAGGCACAUUGGAAUGCAGCAGUUUGUCAGUGGAAGGCCUUAUGUCUUGAACGUUGGGAUCCCCAAAUAACAGCCACAUUUGUAAUCUAAAAGUCCCAAAAAUAUGGCCUAAAAUGGUGAUCUAAAUGCACAAGAAGUGUAAACGUCUUACCAACAUCCAAGAGGAUCAUCCAAGGUCCAAGAUGUUUGCCUCAAGUCUAGUGCCCUCUAUACUGCUAGUUGUACUGUCAAUAGAUUGCACUUUUUUACAGGACAACUUUAUGACUUAUAGUGCAGUUUUUUCACCGGUCCCUCUCACCAAAGAGACUCAGACAUUUCCAGUUUAUUUUUUGACCAAUCAGGGGGAAAUUAUGGAAAUUGGUAAUAUUCUUUGACUUUUUCAUGCUGGUAUUAAUUUAUUGAAUGAAAAAUACUAAGAGCUAGUCACUCUGGCACUUUUUGAAAGCUUUUCUAAUGAUAUGAAGAUAUGAAAAUAGAUAGCUAUGUAGGUAUGUGGAUGUAUAUGCAGAUGAUUGUAUCAUUGGUGUCACUUGUCACUUUAAUCAGGGACGGGCUUGUAUUGGUGGCUGCGGUGAGGUGGGUGAAACAAAGUCAAUCACAUCCAAACAUGGGAAACCAGGUGUUUGGUUCCGUUCCAGUUGUCCCAUUCCGGUCAUCACUUUGAGCCAUCCUACACUCAUCAUUCUCACGUGAGAUAUAUGUUAACCAGUUAAGAUACUUACACACCAGUACCCCCAUCCUUCCCUUUCCCCUUAUUCAAGGAUAACUGUAUUAUAUUAUCAUUAACAAUAAAAUAUAUACAUAUAUAAUAA